CUGAUAUCAGCGUGGUUGAUCUGCAGCAGAAUGAACAGCUCAGUAAACUGCCGAUGAAACUCAUCAAGCCACCUGAACCUUGUUUCCUGAAGAAUUUGAUGCAGACGUUUGCCUUUGUAGUGGACAAAAAAGAAAGAAAAGCAGAAAGAAAGUGGACUUGGGAGGAAAAUGCGAAUUAACAGGAUCUUUCUGUUUUGUACUUUGUGCAAUUUCUUUUCUCUAUGUAUCCACCUGUCAUGGCACCCCAAGCCAACAUGUUUGUCAAUGUCCCAGGCUAUGAAGGCACUGUGCCAGGAGGAGCAGGUUUCCUGCCUCCUCCCAUGCCCAUGGAGCCAGUAGCCCCACCCCAACCCAGCCCUGAAAAUCCCGAAUGGAGUAUCCCCUCUCUUUCUGAGGAUGAGGCUCGGGAGGCAUUCAAGAAAUUUGUGUCAUCUCAUAUCUGCUACAGUGAAGAUCCAGUCACUCAGGGAGUCAUCACCUCCAUGGAGCCAUUCAACACAUUUAGGUACCGUCUGGAGACAUUCACUGAGUCCAGGUCAACUGACUGGGCCCACAAACCACAUGAAGGUGAGCCUGCUGACUUUUACACCCAGCCCGCUCCACGACCAUGGGAGGUCCAGGCCACACACCCCAAACAUUUCAGUGACCACACAGAGAAGAUCCGGGUGCCCUACACGUCCUCCAUCAAGGAAUGCCACACAUGCCAUGCAGCAGGUACUGAGCAAUGCAAGGAGUGCAGUGGAAGUGGAAAAAAAGCAUGCCCGAUGUGUAAUGGUGCGGCAAAGUCCGAUCCAGCCUGCACUCACUGUAAUGGCACAGGCAAAGACAGGUGUACAAAGUGUGAUGGUAGGGGGGAAAAGCAAUGUGAAACCUGUAAAGGAAAAUGUCAACUGCUGACUUACAUUGAGCUAAAAGUGGAAUGGAAAAACCAUGUGGAAGAUCAUCUGGUGGAGCAGAGCUGUGGUCUGAAGAGUGAUAAGCUGCGCUCAGUAAAAGGGAAAGAGCUGUUCAAGAGCAGCCAGAACCUGGUCUACCCACUGCUUGGGUUUAAACCGCAAGCAGUCUCUCAGGCUUCUGAGCGUCUGAUCAAAGAACAUCAAACUAAGUAUGGCAAAACCUCCAGGAUUCUGCAGCAGAGGCAGGCGGUCGAGCUGAUCCCCAUCACUCAGGUGAACUACAAGUGGAAAGACAAGAGCUACGUCUACUACGUGUACGGCAACGAGCGCAAAGCCAGUGCUGAUGACUACCCAGAGACCUGCUGCUGCGUCAUCCUGUAGACCACAGGUGUCUGGUGUCCUGCAAGUUUUAGUGAGUCCUUGAUCCAACACAGCUGAUUUAAAGGCUAAAUUACCUCUUCAACAUGUGUUGAAGUUCUC